AUGCAGGAACUCGCUUCGGUCCCAGCGACCAAUCCCUUUCUACAUGAAUCUGAAGUGACGUCCCCAGCGGGAACGGCGGCCUCGCCCGCCUCCACCAUCAACUCAAUGCAGGAGGUGGACUACUUCACGGCCAAGGCCGUCCCGAUCCGGGCGUCCAUUGCCGGCCGCCCAGCCGCGAUUGGACCCUUGACGUCCUCGCCCUCGCCAUUCUCCCCUAGGUCUGCACAUGACAGUGUUCUGAUAACGCCGUCGCAAUUCCCUCCCCCGCCGGGGCAUGCUCACCCAAGCGUCGUGUUUCGAAAGCCGCCCACGCCGCUCGCCGCUGCAGCGGUUCGUGACACCAGCAGCAGUAGAAUCUCGAGAUACGCAUCGCCACGACAGACAGUAUCGCUAGUAUUUGGGGGAAGAGAGUCCGUGAUGUCGACCACGCCCUCCUUGUUCCCACAACCGCCGUCUGCGAACGGGAAAGAUGCCCACAUUCGACCCCUGUUCGCAGCAGCAGCAGCAGCCCGAAACUCGACCCUGUCCUCCAGCUCCUCCUCCUCGUUGGCAGGGCCGACACCACCGCCGAAGGAGUACCACCCCACGCUCUCGCCCAUAACGAACGACUACUUCUCCCCGCUGGCACCCACCGUCACCUCCGUCCAGGCGCCGACGAGCCCACGGCAGCAGUCGCAGCAGCCACCACCACCGCCGACAGCCACGGCCGGCAUCACACGGAUCACCAAACCCGUGCCCCUGGACCUUAUGAGGGAAACAGGCGGGAACGCUGCUGCUGCUUCGUCGCCGGAUCUACCGCCGCUACCACCGCGGGACUCGCUGUCGCCCAUCUCGCCCCACAGCCCGGUCCUGAACCCGGCGCUAAGCCCGCUCACCAUCCGGACCUUGACACACCUGUCGAACACGGCGCUGCGCUCCCCCAACCUCAUGUUUGUCGAGCAGCCCGGCUGCCGGCCAUCGCAUGCCGACUCCACCGCGAGCUCGCUGACGAGCGCGCAGCGGGACCGGCUCAGGGAGAUGAAGAGGGCGUACGACGAGAGACAGGGGCAGUAUGAGAGGGGGGGAGAUGAAGAAAAGGGUGGCUGGAUGACGAAACAGAGGGAGAGAGGGGGCGGUGGUGUGAGGACGUACCUGUGGGUCGGUAUCGCAAUCAGGCGGGAAGUAGGCAAGGUAGAGCGACUUGACCUCUGA